GGCACCGCCCCCGACCCCGCCCCGGCACCGCCCCAGAGCAGGAUCGGCCCGGAACGGAGCGGGGAGGACCGGAGAGGUGUCACCAUGUUGUGCGGGGGUGCCUCGGCGGCCCGGCCCGCCACCGACGAGACGCAGCGGAUCGCGGAGCAGGUAAAAGCUCAGCUAGAAGAAAAAGAAGGGAAAACCUUUGAUGUCUUCACUGCAGUGGAGUUUAAAACUCAGUUGGUUGCUGGAACAAACUACUUCAUCAAGGUGCACGUUGGGAACGAGGAGUUCAUGCACCUGCGGGUAUUCAAGAGCCUCCCCCACGAGAAUGAGCAGCUGAGCCUCCACAGUUACCAGGGCAGCAAGACAAAGCACGAUGAACUGGCUUAUUUCUAGCAACCUUCUCUGCUGUGUUUGCCUAGGCUGGUUCUUAUGUGCAUUUUCUACAGGCUGCAGAAUGUUGAUUCCUGUGCCAACAAAGACGGAAAAGUGUCUUUUUUAACAUCAUGGUGGAAAAAUCAAUUUCUUUUAUGCCAUUCCCUUCCUGUGCAAUCUCCAAAUCUGAGAGUCACACGGCUCUCCUGUUACCUGCACUAAUGUAAACCCUACUUUUAUUGCAACUUAACUUAGGCUUUAGUGCAACUUAACCAGAAUUCUGUGGCUGAGUCCUGUUUGUGGACUUCCUUGGUCUAGAAAGCAGAAGGGGAAUGACACCAGCACUCACAUAUUUGCAGCAAGGAGCAAGAAGAAAGCCUCAGUCGUUUCUGUGCUGCUUUACAGCUGUGAAUAUAUGUGGUGAUUUAAAUGGUACUUUGUAUUUUAUGGGCCAAGAACUGAUGAGAAACUGAAGCAAUUUUGCAGGAAAGAGAAAGAGGCUUACAGUAGUUUGAAACAAACAUUCCCUUGGUAAUCAUCCUCUUGCAGCAGUAGCAUGUAACGUCCCGUAGAGGGUGUGUGAGUUUGAAAUACCAAACCAGCUGGCUUAUGUCCUCAGUCCUAUGGAAAAGUCCUGGAAAGGAACUUAGGCUGGACAAGCAUUUCUGCAUUUAUAACAAUAAACAUUUCUUUUGACUUGA